AUGUUGUUUUUGUGGCUAGUCGAAGAUGAUUAUUCGGACGCUGCCGUAGAAAAACCGACAGAAGAAACAGUAGUUCAAAUACAGAACGACGUCCACUCGCCGCCUGACCACGACCUGUUCAUCGAUGCUGCUGAUGAUGGCUCGGGCCUAGACACAGACGAGAGUUCGGGUUCCGGUUGGGGAGCCGGCCCCGGCCCUGACGACGAAGACGGACGGGGAUCAGGUGACGAGCCCAACGGACCUCCUGAUGACGAAGACUAUGGAUCCACCACCAUUGGCAGUGAAGAGACAGAACGCACCAUUAUCGAAACUCCCAUUACGCCCGAUAACUCGGAGCCAGACGACAUUGACAUUCCCGAACAGACGGAGCCUCCUGUCGUAACCAAAGUGAACAUCCCGCUCCAAUUACCAACAGAUCCCAGGAAUAUCGAUGUGCUCAUUCCUAAUACAAGGAACAAGCCAGGCGAAGGCACCUCGGAGGAGGGUAGAGGCGCGGGGGAGGAGCAACCCUCGCGCCCGGAUCAGACAGACAUCAGCAUCUCUGGCGAGGACCUCGUGCCUUCAGUCGUCGGCAAACGAGCAAACGAUUUACCUGAUGGUAAGCAAUCCGUGUCGCCCAUGGACAACCGCAACGACGGAGGAGUUAAGAGUGCAUUGUCGACCUUUUGGGGACUUGGAGGGGAUUUGGAGAUUUUUGAAAAGGGAACGGAUUGGGCCUCCGGUAACCUCACUCACACGGCGAAACACAACUCUUUAGUUAUUUCGCGCCGGUUUUCUGACCAGGAGCCGUCAGGCAGCAACGUAAACCAGGAAUCAAGGGCGCCGGACAAAGUCGUCAUCAUGAACGCCAAGCCCGAGGACCGCGCUACCAGCUUCUUCGCUCAGCCUGGCAUCCUCGCCGCCGUAAUUGGCGGCGCAGUAGUAGGGUUACUAUGCGCAAUCCUGGUAGUGAUGUUCAUAGUGUAUCGCAUGCGCAAGAAGGACGAAGGUUCCUAUGCGCUCGACGAGCCGAAGAGAAGCCCUGCAGCAGCAUCGUACGGGAAGGGCCACAACAACCGCGAAUUUUACGCGUGA